GCCCGCCCGCCCGCCCGCCCGCAGCCUCGCACCAUGCUGACCCCCAUGGUGGCCGGGGGCGUGGUGUUCCCCGGACUCUUCCUCCUCUCCAAGAACACGCUCCAGCGGCUGCCCCGGCUGCGCUGGGACGAGGCCGACGCGGUCAUUGUCUCGGCCAGGCUGGUGUCCUCUGUCCAGGCCGUCAUGGCCUCUACCGCCGGCUACAUUGUCUCCACCUCCUGUAAGCAUAUCAUCGAUGACCAGCACUGGCUCUCCUCUGCCUACACGCAGUUCGCAGUGCCGUACUUCAUCUACGACAUCUAUGCCAUGUUCCUCUGUCAUUGGCACAAACAUCAAGUCAAGGGUCAUGGAGGGGAUGAAGGGGGUCCCAGAGCCCCUGGCAGCACCUGGGCUGUGGUGCGUGGCUACCUGCACAAGGAGUUCCUCAUGGUGCUCCACCACGCCGUCAUGGUGCUCGUGUGCUUCCCGCUAUCUGUGGUGUGGCGUCAGGGCAAGGGAGAUUUUUUCCUAGGCUGCUUGCUGAUGGCAGAGGUCAGCACCCCCUUCGUCUGCCUUGGCAAGAUUCUCAUCCAGUACAAGCAGCAGCACACGCUGCUGCACAAGGUGAACGGCGCGCUGAUGCUGCUGAGCUUCCUGUGCUGCCGGGUGCUGCUCUUCCCCUACCUGUACUGGGCCUACGGGCGCCACGCCGGCCUGCCGCUGCUCGCCGUGCCCCGCGCCCUGCCCGCGCACGUCAACCUGGGCGCCGCGCUGCUGCUCGCUCCGCAGCUCUACUGGUUCUUCCUCAUCUGCCGCGGGGCCUGCCGCCUCUUCCGGCCCCGCGGCUCCCCGCCGCCCUCCCCCGGCCAGAGCCAGGACUGAGGGGGACCCGGGGACGCCCCAUCCGCAGCGCCCGCCGGGCGGGGGUGGGCCGCCCCAGGGCCGCAGCAGGACGGACAGACGCACGCCCCCCCCCGGGGCUGGGGAGCGGGCGAGCCGAGUGGGAAAUGGGGAGAAGGGGCCCCCGCCGCCCCCCACAGUGCCUGAGCUGAGGGCCGCGCACCCGCCCUGCACACCCGCUUCUCAGACCACCGACCCCCGGCCCUGGAGGAGCAGAAGCGCGACCGACCCACCAGCCGGCGGAGGACAUCUUCCUGAGGGGCUGGGGGGGCUCCCAAAGGGCUCGGGAAGGGGAGAGAGAGGCGUCUAAGAAGGGGGACACCGCUGCCAAGGCCAUCCCAGCCCCUGCUGCAAACUCCUCGUUAAGCUCCUGUCGUCUGGGAGGGAGGGAAGGGCGCCCCAACUCCCCCUCCCCUGGCCUCGCUUUGGACUCAUCACCCCCACUACUUGCUCCUCUCCGCGGGAGGCCAGCCUGACAAAUUUAUUUAAUCCAACUAGUCGGUAGGGUGGGGGCUCACUGGAGUCUGCUGCCCCAGCCCGUCCAUCCCAGUGCUGAGCACCCCCAGGGCAGCAGGGGGGGCGCACCUGAUCACUUCCCCUGGAGGCUGCACUUUGCCCUGGGGCCCUGGCAUGUCCCUGGUGCUACAGACCUCUCAAGGCUUCCUCCUGUCUGGGGUGGGGGGACCUGGGAGGUGCUUUCCAGACCGCUAAUAAAGCCGAUCUGCGUGAACGCCACCAAGGCCCUCUGUUCACCCGCUUCUUCGGGUUGGGAAGGAGGGAAGGGCUGGGAAGGGAGAGAAGUAGCCCCCCAAAGUCCUUGUACAGGGCACAGCCACCGGGAAGAAAGAAACCAGGACUUUUAAUCAUCAGGAUGAGUCUAGGCUAGCUUGGCACUUAACAGUUCAGCUCUUAAGCCCCUUUCUGGAAGCUCCUAUGGAGUACAGAGAGAUCAGAGGUGAGAGGUGACAAGGUGCCACCCCAAAGACUGGGAAGUGGACAGUGGACGGGCAGGGGCAGGAGAGCAGCUUACAUGUGUGUGCAGAACUGGAAGAGGACAAAGAAGAAGGCCACCAGCAGGGAGCCCACCAGGAUCUGACUGAAGAAGCUGGAGCCAGAGCCUGCUUGACCAGGGCAGGGAAUGAGGGAGUUGGACGCUUGCUAGUCCAGCCCAGAGGGAACCCUCUCACGCGCUAGUUCGUACCUGAGUUAAAAAACAGGAUGGGUCUCUCACCAAUGACCCUGGCCACAGUCAGAAGCCUGGCCUGGUCUGAGUCUGAGUAAUCGAAGAAGUCGCGUGAUAGCGAAGACUCUGUUUGCAGGGCCAAGGUCUUGGCACUUUGCAGGCUGGGUGCUGAGGACCCAGGUAAAAGUCUUUGACAAACGUCAAAUAGAUGCUGAACCCCAUUCCCAAAGGUGGAGGCUGACUUGGGACCCUGUUGGGUCAUAUAGACUUAUUAUGGCUAUAUGAAGGGUCUUGAUAUUUGGUUCCAGAAACUUCUCCAGCUAAUGAGGUCUCCAACAAGGCCCCAGGAAAGAGACAAAUGUGGAGAGCAAAGAGCAAACAGCCUGCCUGAACCCCCUAGCACCCUUCCACUGGCCCUCCCCCAAGCCUUCCUUCCCUUUCUCCUCUCCCAGGACAUGCCUACCUGUUUCCACAGCCCCCAGCCCAGCAAGCCACACCCAAUGCCACAGCCACAUGGCCCUGGGGCUCCAAGUCUGUGGCUGAGCUCUGUGAUGUCAUAGCCUAGAGCCAUCCUAAGAGAAUGUGCUGAGAAGUGGGGUUCUUCAUCCCUACCCCCAAAGGGAGAGAUUGGCACCCACAGCAGCUUCAUCUUUUGGGCUGCUGGCAUGUACUUGUGGCCCGGAAUUGAUGUCAAAUUGUGCUGAAAACCUAGAAGCUGCAUUUGAAGAGCUUCUUUCCUUUUGGGGGAGUGGGGAUGGGAGGAAGUCUUUUUCCCUCUCCAGGGUAGCACUGCUUAGCUACCUGUGUCUAUGCUGAGCACUUCACACUGAUUCAUUGAAGGUCACCACCCUUAGGUAGGUUCUGCGCACAUUACUCAGAAGAGAAAACCUAGAUAAGGAGUGUGAGGGAAAUGGAUGGAAAUCUGGGCAUGAGAGAAAUGGGCAGAGAUUGACAGGCAUAAGGGGAAGCGAAGGACGGUGAUGAAGAAUUUCAAGCACAAGAAAGGUCCAAAUCACCAAAGUGUAGAAACUGAAGCAAAAACACUUAGUCUAGUGCAAAACCCUUUGUUCUUCAAAGCCACAUCAGCUUUAACUGCAAUUUAGCUUGUGUAAGUCCGCCUGCUUGCUUGCUUAUCUGCUUCUGCAUUAAAGACAUAAACACGGAGUGGACCCUUUGUUCAGACUGAGGGUAAGCAGGGUUGACUGAACUGUAGGUCCAUGCAAAUAAACUCUUUUCUGUUCCAUCCA